GUAUGGGUCAAGGAGCUGCUGCAAUGCCCCAGAUAUAGCAAGUAUGGUGCACUGUCAACGUCUGCCAGCUAUACUAUCACGCAAACAUCCUCCAUGCUAGGGACAUGUUGGGAAAGGCGUGCAGGGAAUCUGCUAACAACCGGUACUGGUGCACUAGAUAGUCGAUCGAGACCCGGUACUCCCGUGAGGAACGAUGAUCACCCAAAGUACUUCUGCCGUUGCGCCGAGAUAGCAAAGGAUCUGGAUCUUGAGGCCCUUAAGUAUAGAGAGGAGAGGAAGAACGGAAAAGGACUGGACUUUUUGACGACUGGGGACGUCUCAGGUUUUCCAGCCUGUCUGCUGUCUGCUAGAUAG